GUGAGUGUUCAGGUUUGGUCAUGAAGCUGAAGCAGCAGGCUUUUCACUCCGCAGAUAACUUUGAUGCCUCCCAUGAAGAAACUCUCUAAUGGAGAUGUAGAAGGCCGGACAGGUGCGGUGGUGGUGGCAGGCAGCACCAGCACUUGGACAUUUUGACUGGAUAUGUGUUCAUGUGUUGGUAUCUGGCGCCUUCUUGUGGUUCUGUGAAUUAAACACUGUUACCGGAGGCGGAAACACAGAGACAUGUCCGAGCAGAUGCUAGCAACAGACACCGAAGGGGAGAGAGGCUGAGCGAAGCUAAUCGAGUGUUUACCCAUCAUCUUUUGCACUGAGAGCACGAAUUCCGUUUGACAGGACAUUGAUGUCAUUUUGUGGAACCCAAAACGGCGGCCGCCGUAGCAAAUGGGACCAGCCCGGGCCCGGCUCUGGCUCUGUUGGGAUGGGGGAGGCUGAGGCUGCACCCACCGGGGCUUUGGAUGCUGCAGCUGCUGUGGCUGCCAAGAUCAAUGCUAUGUUGGUAGCAAAGGGAAAACUUAAACCCUCGCAGAUAGGAACCCCGGGACCACCUGACAAGAUAAUCGGUGUGGCAAAGCCUCUAGUGCCAACGAAGGCCAAAGAUGACCUGGUCGUAGCUGAGGUUGAAAUCAAUGACGUCCCAAUCACCUGUAGGAACCUCUUGACUCGUGGGCAAACACAGGAUGAGAUCAGCAAAGUGAGCGGUGCUGCAGUUUCAACCAGAGGCCGUUAUAUGACAGCAGAGGAGAAGGGCAAAGCUCUACCAGGGGAUCGACCUCUGUAUCUGCAUGUCCAAGGACAGACUAGAGAGCUUGUAGACAGGGCAGUCAAUAGAAUCAAAGAGAUCAUCACUAACGGUGUGGUGAAGGCCGCAACUGCUUCAUCUUCUUCGUCAACCUUUACCCAGAGUGCAGCUUCAGUCACAGUUUACCAGCAGCACAACCCACCACCUCCUUCACUGCCCCCAAUAACACACCACAAACCACACUUUCAGUCUGGGAUGCAUUAUGUUCAAGAUAAAGUCUUUGUUGGUCUGGAGCAUGCUAUCCCCGGGUUUGUGGUCAAAGAGCGGGUUGAAGGUCCUGGCUGUUCUUACCUGCAGCACAUACAGGCUGAGACUGGGGCAAAAGUCUUCCUCAGAGGGAAAGGAUCAGGCUGUUUAGAGCCGGCCUCUGGACGAGAAGCCUUUGAACCCAUGUACAUCUACAUCAGUCAUCCUAAACCAGAGGGACUUGCAGCAGCAAAAACAUUAUGUGAGAACCUGCUACAGACAGUCCAUGCAGAGUAUUCUCGAUUCCUCAAUCAAAUGAGCUCAAUGAUGCCAUCACAACAAGGCUUUGCACAGCCUCCAGUGUUGAAUGGGAUACCCCCACAGCCUCCUUACUACCCUCCUGCUGGUUUUCAGCCAGUCUACCCCAUGCCUGUUCCACCACCACAGCCACAACCUGUCCUCCCACCAUAUACCGUCCCACCUCCUGUACCUCACUUGGCACCUGCAGGUGUGCCUCCUCAGUACACCCUCCCCCCUGCCCCCUCUCCUGCUCCUGCUCCAAACCCAGUUCUAGCUCCAGUUCUGGCCCCUGCACCAGCUGCUGCUCCAGGAACAUUGCCCCAGAUUCUUCCUCCUGUACCUUUUCCUCAAUCGGCUGCUGCUCCGCCCAAAGCUCCACCUCCUGCUCCCCAAACCAACCCACCACAAAAAAGACGCUUCACUGAGGAGGUCCCAGACGAGAGGAACAGCGGCCUACUGGGAUAUCAGCAUGGACCCAUUCAUAUGACUAAUUUAGGUGCAGGCCUCCCAGUGGGCAGCCCGGAGAAUACAGGACCCCCACAACCGAGUUCCUCCGGCCCACCGAGUGAGAGGGACGGUAGGCAGCUAAUGCCUCCACCUACAUUGCCUGUGAAUGGAGUGAGACCCAAGAUGGAGGAGAGAAGGGCACCGCCAGGCCCUGUGGAGCCUGCAGUGAAGAGACUGAAAACUGGUUUGGUGGCAUACACAGGCGACUCCUCUGAUGAAGAGGAAGACCAUUCAACCUCCAAAGCCUCAGGGCCAGGUAACCCUGGGGCAGCUCCCCCUACCUCCACCUCCUCAGGCUGGACACAGGGCUAUCGCUGCCCUCCUCCACCACCCCCUCGUGCUAAAACACAAACACAGCAGCAAUCUAUGCCUUUCUGGAUGGCACCUUAAAACAGGGAAGAUCUCCCUCAGUAUUUUGUGCUGAGUCUUAAAGAUGUGCACCAUAACUGAGCCUGCUUUUUUCUCUCUAUUGCGUUUAUCACACGGAGGACUCUUUGGGUAGGAACUUGGAUCCUAAUGGACUUACUAAUGACUUGGUAAACUCCUUUUUCUUUGUAUUUUGGGGCACCCAUUAUAGUUUGAAGAAGAACAUUUGCAGGACUGAUACUCCAGACUAUGCUGUGGAUGUUUUGAGAGUAAAAUUCUGCCUCUGGUUUAUUUGAAAAGUAUCAAAAAAUCAUGUUCAUUAAAGGGUUUAAAUAUAGUGUCUUUGUAGAAAACUACAUCACAGGGCCAUGAUGUCAAACAUCAUUAUCAUUUUUUAUUUUGUCCUAAUUCGUCCUAAUUCGUCACCCCCCCUCCAUCAAAGCCCAUGGCACCAUCCUUUUGUAUUUUGGUCUUUUGUACAGAUGAUAUAGACUUACAUGUAGUAAACAUAUGGAAAUUAUUUCAUGAUUUUAUGAAAUAAAUAAACUUAAUUUAUUGCCGUG